AGUGCAGCCCCAUCAGUGCUGCCUUUCAGUGCCCAUAAUUGCCGCCUGUCAGUGCCCAUCAAUGCCACAUACCACUGCCUUUCAGUGCCGCCUAUCAGUGCCACCUAUCAGUGCCGCCUAUCAGUGCCGCCUAUCAGUGCCACCUAUCAGUGCCGCCUAUCAGUGCCGCCUAUCAGUGCCGCCUAUCAGUGCCAGACAGGUGCUGCCUAUCAAUACCAGUCAGUGCCGCCUAUCAGUGCCACCUAUUAGUACCCAUCACUGCCGCCUAACAGUUCCCAUCAGU